AUGGAGUCUAACUUGAAUAUUCAAUCAUUCAUCAGGGAUGCCUACACCGAGCGAUAUAAAUCUGAUUUUUCAUCUUAUUACUUUUGCUAUACAGGCAUAUCCCUUCCUUCUGAUGAUGAUGAUGAAGCCUACGUCCUACUUGAAAAAGAUCCCCCAGCUGAACCGAAGAAUUAUUACUGGGAUCUCGAUUAUGCAUGUUCUUUUGAUUGUGAUUACGAUGUGAUGGUACCAGGUGUGGUCUACAUAAAUGAUGUCGAUGAUGGAGACAGUGAUAUGGAACUUGACGAUGACCAGCCUCAAUGUGAGUCUGAGGACAUUACCACACCAGAACAGCUUGACGAGGAUUCAUCUCUAGCUGCUGACGAGGAGCGCACACGCAAUGGUGAACAUUUAGAGCUUCCAUACUCCAGUGGUGGCAUAAAAAGAUCAGCACGUGAUCUGCUGAUGACUCAAGAAGGAUUGGAAAGCCCUGCGCAGUCAACAGAUAAGGGCUUGAAAUGGUCUAGACAUGAUCCGCUGCUAGAUCAAGAGGGAUUGAAGAGUUCUGCACACUUUAGUGGCGUGGAUAAUGAACUACCACCAAUAGCAGUGCCAGUACAUGACUCGCCAAAACGUAUGGCGCACCAGCUAACACCAACGUCCCGCAUUCGUGCGAUUUUUAAGAACACUAGAAUCUUCGAAAACUGGAUUUGUGAUGGAACUGAUUUGCUCCCGGUGCUUAAUAUGAGGGUCAAGAGGUGGAGAAGCUGGUGCGAAAAGCAUACCGGUCUGUACCUGCGCUCAUUGAAGGGAACCUGGUGCAGACAUUCAUCGACGGCAUCCGCGACCUGA